AUGACGUAUGCGACGUUAGGGGCUUUAUUAGCACAAUAUGUGCUGAAAAGGGGAAUAGGGCGGGAUGAAAAAGCAUAUACGAAAAGCCUAUGGGAAGAUGUAAAAGCGCUACUCGAAGAAUUUGUGAAAUAUUUGGAAGAUGAGAACCUAGACAGCUAUGCAGCUAAUUGUUUGAACGCGGGUUAUAGGAGUCUGAGGCGAAAAGAAACAUUUAAGGUAAAGAUAGUAGCGGAUAGACUAAUGUGCACACUCAUGUCACGAGCAUUAUUUUUCAUGAACAGGUGGCCACAGCAGUCCGGGGUUUCGCACGAAAGAGAAGAUGAGAAUGCAGCGUUGAAGGAAUAUAUAAGGUGCGCAAUAGUAAAUAUAUUUAUGUCCAUAUUGCUGGCAUCUCCAUGCAAAAGUCAAAUGGGAAUAGAUAAUGCAUGGUACACAAUGAAAGAACUGGAGAAAGCUUCGCCUGGAUUAAUUAAAGAGGGAAAGUGCGGCCAGGGAGUGUUUCAAAACAUACAAACACAGCAAUUCGACAUGGGGCAAAAGAUUCAGGAAUGGUUAGAGAAAAACAAGAAGUUGACUGAAGAAAUUGGACGGGGACAAGUACAAGGCAAAUGUAAGGAAGAGAUAAAAGGACUUGACGGGGCCACAAAGGGUACACAUAACAUGGAUGAAGAAAUAGAAAUGAAGACAGAGGAGAGAGACGCUAUACGUGAGUUAGGCCAACAACUGAAGACCAUAGUUCAGGAGGUAAAGACGGGCGCAGUGCAAUGCGCGCAGACACCUGGAACAUGCAUGAAGUCUAUCCAGGACGUCUCCAGCAGCAAUCCUGAGAAUGCCGAGAGUAAGGCCACAGUACCGAACUCUGUCGCCGGCGGAAAACCAGCACCAGACGCACCGACAGAGGAAGAGGCUAAAAAUCAGACACCACCACCGAAAUCACAGCAACCGGAGAAGACGGAAAACACUCCAUCGGCACCAUCCGUGGUGCCCGGACCAAAGGGACGAUCAGAGGACUCAACAGCAGCACAGCCUUCAGGAGUAGGAUCGCCACCACAAGCACCUGCAUCUCCAGUAUUACCAGCCAGGCCACCACCACCUCCUCCACCAAGGAGACCAUCCACACCAAGACAAGGUCCAACACAGGGCGCGGGGAGGGCGGGGGUCGCAACAUCCAAAGGGAUGCCACGCCCUGCAACAGGACCAGGGAGGAGACCAAGACCACGGCCGACACCGCCGAGAACGAAGUCGACGGAGUCACAGCCACCGGAUAAACCGACCGGUGCUAACGGCAAAGUCCGGGACCCUAAGCAAGAAUCGACGUCACCACCCGUCACGGGAGCCGGCAGCCACGGCAAGGACGGCAAGGACGGCAAGGACGGCAAGGACGGCAAAGGACCUGCACCAGCCAAACCAGUAGCGUUGAACAAAAAUUCGUCCAAGGGGAAACCACCGGUAGGCACAAAGACGGAGACGACGGGGUUAACCAAUACGGUAGUAACGAGAACGACCCGGCGGAUGCGCGCGUUGUGGAUGCUCAUUCUCGCGUCGAUCAUUGAAGAGUGCAAAUUCGAGAAUAAUAUUCACGAUAAAGAAUUAUAUGUACACAAUUGUUUACAGAAUAUGCGAAAUGAGGAUGGGCAGCACAUGAAUAGGAGUAGCACAUUAUAA